AUGGCGUGGGGGUGGCCGCCCUGCCUCACCCAUUGCAGCAUGGAGGGGCUGAGCGCCCGCAGCGUGCUGGUGACGGGCUGCGAUGGGGGCAUGGGGCUGGAGCUGCUCAAACGAUUCCUGGAGCUGCCCACCCCCCCGCAGCGCCUCUUCGCAGCCUGCACCGACCCCGAUGGGAAGGCUCUCAAUGAGAUGGCUUUGGGCAGCCCCAGCGUCGUGAUCCUGCCUCUAGAUGUGACGGACCCCAGCAGCAUCCAGGCCGCGGUGGGCAGGGUGCAGGAGGAGCUGCGCGGUGCUGGCCUCAACCUCCUGAUCAACAGCGCCGGGGCCAGGCGCCACAGCACAUUGGCCACCGAGACUGCUGAGAACAUGGCCCUCAUCUAUGCCACCAACACCAUCGGGCCCCUGCAGACCAGCCAGGCAUUCAUGCCCCUGCUGAAGGAGGCUGCAGAGGCACAAAGUGGGCAGGGGCUGAGCUGUGGCAGAGCGGCCAUCGUCAACAUCUCCAGCAUCCUGGGCUCCAUUGAGGUGGCAGAGGCAUGGGAUGAGAGGCAGGACGUGGCCUACCGCUGCAGCAAGGCUGCGCUCAACAUGCUCACCAAGUGCCUGGCCCUGGAGUAUGGUGACAGUGGGAUCCUCUGCGUGUCCGUGGAUCCUGGCUGCGUGGUACCACCACCAAGAGAUGGGAUGGGACCGGUGACGUUGGAAGAGAGCACCCAAGGCGUCCUGCAAGUCCUCGCCAACCUCUCGGCCACCAGCAAUGGCACCUUCUGGGAUUGGAGGGGACAGAGGCUGCCGUGGUGACAGCAGCAUCCAUGUCCCCAGUUGCCAAGCUCAAUAAAGGCUGCCGAUGGCCACGGACAGGCCUGGUUCAGUGGAGUUAGGAAGCCAUAUGUGAUGGAGCCACCAAGCUGGCAAGGGGCUGGAGCUGGAGAAGGAUGGUCAUGGAGAUGGAUGUCCAUGGGGAGGGAUGUCCAUGGGGAGGGAUGUUCAGGGGGAGGGAUAUAUACGGUGAGAGAUGUCCAUGGGGAAGGAUAGCUAUUGGGAUGGGUGUCCAUGGGGGUGGACGUUCAUGGGAAGGGAUAUAUAUGGCAAGGGAUGUCCACGGGGAGAGAUGUCCGUAGGAAAGGAUGUAUAUGGGGAGGGAUGUCCAUGGGUAGGAUGGCCAUGGGGAGGAGUGUCCACAGGGAGUUAAGUCUAUGGAGAAGGAUGCUGCAGCUUAUAGUAAGUAUAAGGGCAAACGCAGACAUGAGGGCUGGAUGCAACCACCCCCUGCUCUGAGCAGCAGCCCUGAAACCACAGCCCUCAGG